AUGGAACACACUUCCAUCGAGGAGGGUGUCACCAACAAUGAUCACGACAAGAGCGAAACAGAUGUCGAGAAAGCGGUCGUCGACGCCCCAAAAAAGCCCGAUAACUCCAACACAGAUCCCAACCUUGUCGACUGGGAUGGCACAGAUGACCCCGAGCACCCUCAGAACUACACUAAUUUGCGCAAAUGGGUCAUCACACUGACCAUGUCCUCCAUGACCGUAUGGAUCACCUUUGCAUCCAGUGUCUUUUCGACUGCGACCCUGGUUACUGCGAAGGAGUUCAAUGUAUCAACUGAAGUAAUGAUUCUCGGCACUAGUCUGGUUGUUUUUGGUUUCGCUCUAGGCCCGCUGUGCUGGGCACCGCUGAGUGAGCUAUACGGUCGUCGCAUCCCAUUGUUCUCAGGCUACGCCAUCUUCGCCAUCUUCCAGAUCCCCGUGGCUGUCGCAACGAACCUCGAAACCAUUCUCGUCUGCCGAUUUCUCAUGGGUCUCUUUGGCUGCUCUCCUCUAGCCGUCGUUGGCGGUGCCUUGGCUGAUAUUUGGAACCCCGUCGACCGCGCAGUGGCCAUCGCUCUCUUCAGCGUAUCUACUUUCAUGGGACCUGUUCUUGGCCCAAUUGUCGGCGGAUUUAUCACAGAUUCACACCUCGGCUGGCGUUGGACCGCAUGGAUCACCUUAAUUGCAUCCUCCUUCUUCGGUAUAAUUGCUUUCUUCGUCGUUCCCGAGACCUACGGCCCAGUCAUCCUGCAAAGGAGAGCUGCCCGUCUGCGCACUGAAACCAACAACCCGGACCUCCAUGCCUUCUUGGAUCUGCACAAGCCUACAAUGUCAGAUAUCGUUACCAAGUAUCUCUUCCGACCCUUCCAGAUGCUCGUGCAAGAGCCGAUCCUCCUCGCCAUGACUAUCUACCUCGCCCUAGUCUACGGAAUCCUCUACCUCUUCUUCGAAGCCUACCCGUAUUCUUUCGGUGAAAUUCGCGGUUGGACCCACGAAGGUGUGGCUGCCCUCCCAUUCAUCGGCAUUCUUAUGGGCGUCAUCCUCGGUGCCUGUCUCAUCAUAUACACCACGAAGACUCGUUUCGCGCGCAAACUUGCAAAGCAUGGCAGAGUCGUUCCCGAAGAGCGCCUCGUGCCAAUGAUGAUCGCCUCUGUGUUGCUGCCGAUCGGUCUGUUCUGGUUCGGCUGGACUUCCAGCCCACAUAUCUCCUGGGUGCCGCAGGUCAUUGCCGGUGUACCUAUCGGUCUGGGUAUCCUGGUUAUCUUCAUGCAGGGUCUCAACUACAUUAUUGAUGUGUAUAUGAUGUUCGCCAACUCCGCUAUCGCGGCGAAUACUCUUGUCCGCUCAACCAUGGGUGGCGCGUUCCCACUCUUCGCUACCCAAAUGUACCGGGACCUAGGUGUGGCUUGGGCAUCUAGUGUUCUGGGUUUCAUUACUUUGGCUAUGAUCCCCAUUCCCAUUUUGUUCUUUAUCUACGGUUCCAGAAUUCGCGCGAUGAGCAAGUUCAGUCCCAAGUUCUAG